GCUAAUUAGCUAGCAACUUAGUUAAUACUUGGUUGCGAUGCCCAGCUAGCUUAGCUAAGUUUAGCUUGUUGGAAGGUUUCUGCUGGCUGGGGGGAAAGACAAAACAUGAGAAGAUAAUAUCGGACUCCUUGUUGUGCAAACAACUAGGAUUGACUAAGGUCCUCUGGAUUGAAGCUGGUCGUUGUUUUUGUACUGGGAGGUCUGGUGAUGGGGUACAGGGUUGUCCUUGGUGUCCAGCGGCCAUGUCCUGUCUGGCUCCUCGUCUUCCUGCUGGCUGCUGUUUUGGGGGACGGCCGAGACUACUACGACCUGCUGGGAGUCAACAGGGAGGCAACAACCAGGGAGAUACGACAGGCCUUUAAGAAGCUGGCACUCACCAUGCACCCCGACAAAAACCCUGGUGACUCCUCGGCUCAUGAGAAGUUCCUCCAGGUCAACCGGGCCUAUGAAGUUCUGAAAGACGAAGAUCUGAGAAAAAAAUAUGACAAGUAUGGCGAAAAGGGAUUGGACGAGCAGAAGGGAGGACGCUAUGAGAGCUGGAGCUACUACCGAUACGACUUUGGUAUCUAUGACGAUGAUUUGGAGAUCAUCACAUUAGACAGCGGAGAUUUUGAAGCAGCAGUAAACUCUGGUGAAAUCUGGUUCGUCAACUUCUACUUCCCACGGUGUUCACACUGUCAUGACCUGGCUCCGACGUGGAGAGAGUUUGCCAAAGAGAUGGAUGGAGUGAUAAGGAUUGGAGCAGUGAACUGUGGCGAUAACAACCACCUCUGCAGGAGGAAAGGCAUCACCAGCUACCCCAGUCUGUACAUAUACAAAGCCGGACAGAGACCUGAGAAGUUUAACGGGGAACGUUCUAAAGACGACCUGGUUCGCUUCUCCAUGCAGUUCAUCACAACAACCGUCACUCAGCUGUGGCAAGGUAACAUGUUAAGUGAGAUCGAGGGUGCGUUCUUGUCAGGGGUGGGCUGGCUGAUCACAUUCUGCUCCGACACUGGAGAUUGUCUGGAACCAAGAACAAGACAGAAGCUGGCAGGAAUGUUGGAUGGUCUAGUUAAGGUGGGAUGGAUGGACUGCACCACGGUGGAUCAGAUCUGUGACAGCUUCCAAGUGACCACUGGAGCGACAGCUUUGUUCCCACCUGGAAGUGGUCUAGAUCAACCAGGCAGCGUAUUGUGGAUCAAUACUCUGGACAGUAGAGAGAUUUACAAUCAGGUCAUCAACCAUCUACCUGAUCUGGAGCUUCUGACUAAUGACAGUUUCCAGAAGAAACUGGCCCAUCAUCGCUGGCUGGUCAGUUUUACAUUUGGAGGGAGAAGCCCGACCUCCAACGAGUACAAGAAGCUACAAGCAUACCUCCGAAAUGACCACAUACAGGUUGGCAGAGUGGAUUGUACAGCAGACUCCAAGCUGUGUCAGUCUCUGUACAUCCAUAAACCCUGCGUGGCCGUCUUCAAAGGCAUGGGUAUCCACGACUUUGAGAUCCACCAUGGUAAAGAUGUGUUGUACAACAUCGUGGGCUUUGCAAGGGACAGCGUUCGUGCCCAUGUGACUACUCUGUGGCCCGAUAACUUUCCUUCAGACAGAAAAGAGCCCUGGCUCGUUGAUUUCUUUGCUCCGUGGUGUCCUCCAUGUCGAGCUUUACUUCCUGAACUGAGAAAAGCCUCAAUCCAGUUGGCUGGACAGAUGAGGUUUGGUACUCUGGACUGUACUAUCCACCACAGCCUCUGCUCUAUGUAUAAUAUUCAGGCAUAUCCAACCACGGUGAUCUUUAAUGGUUCCUCUGUUCAUGAAUACGAAGGACAACAUUCAGCUGAUGGCAUCCUGGAGUUCAUACAGGAUCUGGUCAAUCCGUCUGUGGUGAUUCUGGAUCCUCCCAGCUUUGCAGAGAGAGUGAAAGGUCGGGCUGAAGGUGAGAUCUGGGCAGUGGACUUCUACGCUCCCUGGUGUGGCCCCUGUCAGGCUCUGAUCCCAGAGUGGAGACGCAUGGCCCGGCUGCUGUCGGGUCAGAUCCUGGUCGGUUCAGUCGACUGUCAGCGCUUCCAGUCGUUCUGUCAGGGUCAGGGAGUGAGGGCAUACCCUGAAAUCCGCCUGUACCCCAGCAACACUCGGCAGCCAGACCGCUACAUGAGUUACAACGGCUGGCACAGAGACUCACAGUCACUGAGGGCAUGGGCACUGAGUUCUCUACCCAGAGCAUCGGUGGACCUUACUCCGGACUCCUUCAGGUCUCUGGUUCUGUCUGGUCGGGAUCACUGGAUUCUGGACUUUUACGCCCCCUGGUGUGGACCCUGUCAGCACUUUGCUCCAGAGUUUGAGGUUAUGGCUCGGAUCCUUAAAGGGGAGAUUCGUGCUGGGAAGGUGGACUGUCAGGCUCAUUAUCAGAUCUGUCAGUCAGCUGGAAUCACUGCCUACCCAAGCGUCAGAUUUUACCCAUACCUGGGAACGAGGAGGUUUGAACACAGCGGGGAGCACAUCAAUAGCCGAGAUGCUACCGUGAUCGCCGACACCGCCAGACAGCGUCUACAACAGUUGUUGCCGCGGUUACACAGCAAGCCAAAGGACGAGCUGUGAUGAAGGGACAGAGGGAUGGACAGAAGUGGAUCUGAUUUGUCCAAAUUGGUGACUGAUCAGUCAACACUCCUCAAUGAGACACACAGAGACAGACGGACUGUUACCUGCUGUGUGGAAUGUACUGGUCACUUCUGCCUUGGUUUUUAUUUUUUUUUUGUCUCCAUUGUUUGUAUUUACUCUAUGAAGUAAAACUGUGGGACACUCUUUACUGCACACACAGAAACACACACACGCACACACACACCCACACACUCAACCAAAUGUCGUAUUUUAUUGUUUCAGAAUAAAACGGUGUAUUUCCUCGUUAAAAGAUUUCUACAGUUUCACAACCUUUUCUGCAUUUUUUUAAAUUCUACGGCUAAUGGAGACAUAACACAAAGGAGAUGAUUUCAUUCAUCAGUCAACACAUACUUGGUUUCCAUUAUUUCUUAAGGAUAAAAUUGGUAUUUUAGGCAUUUUAUGUUUCCUAUUCUUCCAUGUUUUAUUUUAUGAUGUACCCUGAUUUUUUUUUGAUCUUCCAGAUGUUUUGUUUACCCGAUAAUGAGACAAUCUCAUGUCAUUUAGAGAUAUCAGGAAUUAAUUGAUUUUAUUCUCAUUUGCUCAUGUGUCUAGUGCCAAGUUACUCACGUACACUAAUCUGGAGGCCAUCUAUUCAGUUCCAGCAACAGCAAUUACACAUUUAGAUUACGUAUCUGCACAUCUGAAAUGUUCUUCAGUUAUAUUUCUUCAAAAAAUAAUUUACACGAAUAUUAUUACAGAAAUACACUAAGGCUCAAAUCAACCAUGUUGUCAUUUAUCCCACAUUGUUUCAGUUGGCUCAUCCAAAACUGCAGCUCUAGUAGUCAAGAAACUCAUCAUCAAAAACAUUGUUGUAAAUUUGAACCAGUGUUAAAUAUCAUUUGCACAGUAUCAUUUGCUAUCAGAGAUGAUAGCAUAUACUGGAACAUUACAGCAAAUGAGGAGUUACUUUAAUCGUUACUUUAAAAACAGAUAUUUUUGUAAUUACUUGCAUUAUUUGAUCUCUUAAACAUUCAAGUCCAAGCUGAGGUCUUGAUUUUAAAUGGUAACCUGUUAAAAUCCGCCCAAAAGUACUUAUGUUAUUGUGACAUGUGUCUGAGUAAAGCAACAAGAAUAGGAAGUUUUUAUUGACGUUGUCCAGUGAGAAACAAUGAAAUACAGUUUGACAGCUCUUUGAUCACAUCUGGAAACACUUUUGGAUAUUUUUGUUGGCUCUCAUGUUACAUCAAACAGAUGCUAAAUAAAUUUCCAUUGGUGCAGCUCCA